CAGAAUAGAACGAAGAAGAACGCGUGUUGACUGCUAACCCCUCGAUAAACAAGUCGCUCCGACCUAAUAAUUCAGUUUAUCUUAAGCCAGACCACCUGGUUAAGAUAUGUAACUACACACCAACGCGAGUUUAAAAGAUGACGGGGGGAGAGGAGCCGCUGCGGGAGCCCGCGCCGCCAUCAAAAGAACAGUUCACCUAAAAUGACAAAAUAAACAACGAAUGAAGAUUCGUCAUGCAUUCUCACAAAGUUAGUCCACAAAACGGCAGCUGACACGAUGGAGCAGUACAGCAUUCUGGGUCGCAUCGGCGAAGGCGCUCAUGGCAUCGUGUUCAAGGCCAAACACGUGGAGACCGGAGAGACGGUGGCGCUGAAGAAGGUGGCUCUCAGACGUCUGGAGGACGCCAUUCCCAACCAGGCCCUUCGGGAGAUCAAGGCCCUGCAGGAGAUUGAGGACAACCAGCACGUGGUGAGGCUGAAGGACGUCUUUCCGCACGGCACCGGUUUCGUCCUGGUCUUUGACUUCAUGUUGUCCGACCUCUCGGAGGUCAUCCGCAACGCCCGGCGACCCCUGACCCCGGCGCAGGUCAAAGGUUACAUGUUGAUGCUGCUGAAAGGUGUGGCCUUCCUGCAUAACAACAACAUCAUGCACCGGGACCUGAAGCCCGCCAACCUCCUCAUCAGCUCGUCGGGGCACCUGAAGAUCGCAGAUUUUGGUCUGGCCCGCCUCCACAGUCAGCAGGAGGAUCGACUCUACAGCCACCAGGUGGCCACAAGGUGGUAUCGUGCUCCCGAGUUGCUGUACGGAGCCAGAAAGUACGACGAAGGCGUCGACCUUUGGGCCGUGGGUUGUAUUUUCGGAGAGCUGCUCAACUCGUCUCCUCUGUUUCCCGGUGAGAAUGACAUCGAGCAGCUGUGUUGUGUCCUGAGGGUGCUCGGAACGCCCACCAAUGACACCUGGCCUGAGAUGGCGGAGUUGCCGGACUACAAUAAAAUCACCUUCAAGGAGAAUCCUGCCGUCCCGUUGGAAGAGAUCGUUCCCGACUCCUCCCCCCACGCGGUCAGCCUGCUGCACGGCUUCCUGGUUUACCCGUCCGAGCGCCGAUGCCCCGCCCAUCAGGCUCUCCUCCAUCCGUAUUUCUUCUGCUCGCCUCUUCCCGCCCACCACUCGGAGCUGCCCAUCCCCCAGAGGGGGGGCGGCGGCGGCGGGCACCACCUCAACCCGCGGCUGCAGGCGGCACCCGCCGACUUUUCCGUGGACCUCCCCCUGAAGAGCAGCUUGGUCCGGCCCGCGCAGCUGCGGGGGCACGCUUCCUGCCUGUGAUGGGUCCAAAGCACUUCCUCGGGACGAACAGAACCUCCAAAUUCCAAUGCGUGAUUUGAACCCGGAGACGACAGAUUCGGCCGCCCACUGUCAGCUUUCCCCACGUGACCAAGAAGAGGGGAAAA